CGCCGGAGGCUGUCCGGGUGAAUGCCUUUCCGGGAUGGCGACAGUUCCACGGCCCAGGGACAGCGGUCUUGCAGAUGCCGCGCCCUCGUGGCUGCAGCGCACAGUCUCUGCAGCUCUCUUGCUCCUGUCCCCAGGACCCGCAGUUCUCAGCCUGGAGUCGGGUGUCCCGGGUGGCUUGAGGACACGGGGUGCUUGGCAGGUGGCGAGCGGCGCCGCCUGCCCAUCCUGACUGGCAGAGCCUAGGCUGUCAGAGCGAGGGGCCUCCCGAGGCUACGUGCAGUUUCUCUCGCCUACGCCUUGUGCUCCAGCGGCUGCGCAGCGGAGCAGAAAGCUGCGGUGGCGUGCUUCGGGGACUCACAGCCCCGCAGUACGGACCCCCUACUGAUGUCGCAGGGACACUGGGUUCCCUGGUUGCUGCCCCAGGCUUAAUGAUUGUCCAGAAGGCGGCUAUAAAGAGCCUGGGUGGAGGAGAGAGAAAGCGCUCAGAAAAACACAGCUCAGCAGAUCCAGGCACUAAAGAGAGCUAGCUGCAAGCAGGAGCAGUCGAGAGUCUGUGGUCAGAAGUACUGGAGUGGGCCAGCAGGGCCAGCUUUUUCUACCAUGGCAGCCCAAGGCUAUGGCUACUAUCGCACUGUCAUAUUUGCGGCCAUGUUUGGAGGCUACAGCCUGUAUUAUUUCAACCGCAAAACCUUCUCCUUUGUCAUGCCCUCCUUGGUGGAUGAGAUCGCUCUGGACAAGGACGAUUUGGGGCUCAUCACAAGCAGCCAGUCAGCAGCCUACGCCAUCAGCAAGUUUGUGAGCGGGGUUCUGUCAGAUCAGAUGAGCGCCCGCUGGCUCUUCUCCUCUGGGCUGCUCCUGGUUGGUCUGGUCAACGUAGUCUUCUCGUGGAGCUCCACAGUAUCAGCCUUUGCUGCUCUCUGGUUUCUUAAUGGUCUGGCACAGGGGCUGGGCUGGCCCCCCUGUGGGAAGAUCCUGAGGAAGUGGUUUGAGCCAUCCCAGUUUGGCACUUGGUGGGCUGUGUUGUCAACCAGCAUGAACCUGGCUGGAAGUUUGGGACCUAUCUUGGCAACGAUCCUAGCCCAGAGCUACAGCUGGCGCAGCACACUGGCCCUGUCUGGGGCACUGUGUGUGGUUGUCUCCUUCUUCUGUCUUCUGCUCAUCCACAACGAACCUGCUGAUGUUGGACUCCGAAAUCUGGACCCUGCCCCCUCCAAGGGCAAAAAGGGCUCAUCAAAGGAGGAGAGCACCCUACAGGAUCUGCUGCUGUCCCCCUAUCUCUGGGUGCUGUCCACUGGCUACCUCGUGGUCUUCGGAGUAAAGACUUGCUGUACAGACUGGGGCCAGUUCUUCCUUAUCCAGGAGAGAGGGCAAUCCGCCCUUGUGGGAAGCUCCUACAUCAGUGCCCUCGAGGUCGGAGGCCUUGUAGGAAGCAUUGCAGCUGGUUACCUGUCAGACAGGGCCAUGGCGAAGGCAGGGCUGUCUCUGUAUGGGAACCCUCGUCACGGCCUAUUGCUACUCAUGAUGGCUGGGAUGGCAGCAUCCAUGUUCCUCUUCCGAGUAACGGUGACCAGUGACUCACCCAAGGAUGCUUUCUGGACUCCUGUUCUUCAUCCUCUGGCUGAGCUCACGGGCUUUACGGAGCAUGAGAUCUGGAUCCUGGUGUUGGGAGCCGUGUUUGGUUUCUCUUCUUAUGGUCCCAUUGCCUUGUUUGGAGUUAUAGCCAAUGAGAGUGCACCUCCCAACUUGUGUGGAACCUCUCAUGCUAUUGUGGGACUUAUGGCCAAUGAUGGGCCGAGUAUCCAAGAAGGGAGAGUGAAUAGAGUCCUCGCUAUGGAGCAUCCCCAACUGCAGCCUUACUGGCGGGACACGGAAAGGAGAGCGGCUGCUCUGGCUAACACAGAACCUUUACGUUUCUGUGUCUCCACUGUCUCUCUGAACCUCCAUGGUGCUGCAAGUUACCAGUGGCUAAUGAGGUCCCGACUCCCCAUCCCAUGCUCUAUUUAAAAUGAUGACGUUUGGUUCUAGACUCCAUCAGCUUCUGUUUCUACCUUCUGGCAGACAGACAACUCCUGAAUUCAGGGCGUCUCCUAUACCCUUCUUCUCCUAGGUCCUUAUCUCCUAGUGAGGUGAACCUGCCUCUGCAGCUGCAGAGUAUUAAUGGCCUGUGGUUUCUGCCGUACCCCAAGGCUUCUUGGCAAGGGGCAAAAUUGUUGCCAAUACCUCAGUCCCUAAGGGAGGAGAGGAGUCCACCACUCUCAUGAAUACCCUGGGACAAAAAGAGAAGAAUAUAGAGGGCAAACCGACUUGUAUAGAUUAAUAAAGCUAGAUUUGAUACUAAA